CCAUAAUGGAGUCGGGAGUCCACAAUGGAGACAGCAAAAUGAUGUAGUGGAUAUUUCCGCCGGCGCCCCGUCCUCCGAUGGUUUUUUUUUUACCUAUUUCCCAUUCCCUUUCGCAAGUACCUCGGUGGACAGCCGAGGUGAAUUCCCUCUCUGCAUUUCCAUACUUCCGUGUCUCCCCGUUUUUGGACCAUUCCCUAAGAUCCGAUAUCGUCGUCUUUUUGGUCAAGUGAUUCAUUGUCGAUCCGUGGAUUAAUUGUCCAAUUGACUCGUUUUUCCUUUAAUUUUCCUCUCUUCGCUUCUUUUUGUUCUUUACUUCUUUUCCUCUUCUCUUCACUCUUCGACUUCUUCUCCUCUACCUCUUCCUCUAUCUUCCUCUACAUCCUUCCCCCCUCUCCCCUCUAUCUCCACUCAACAUCAUGUCCGCAAAAGGAGGCAAUGGCAAGAAGCCCGCUUCUCCCGCCGUCAACCUCAUCGCCGGUGGUGGUGCCGGUAUGAUGGAGGCUCUCGUCUGCCACCCCCUCGACACCAUCAAGGUCCGCAUGCAACUGUCGCGCCGCGCCGCCGCUGGGAAGCCCCGCGGCUUCGUCACCACCGGUGUCGACAUCGUCAAGAAGGAGACCGCUCUCGGUCUGUACAAGGGUCUGGGAGCCGUCCUGGGUGGUAUCAUCCCGAAGAUGGCUAUCCGGUUCACCUCGUAUGAGUACUACAAGCAGCUCUUGGCCAACAAGGAGACUGGAGCUGUGAGCAGCAAGGGUACUUUCCUUGCCGGUCUCGCCGCUGGUGUCACCGAGGCCGUCGCCAUCGUCAACCCCAUGGAAGUGGUCAAGAUCCGUCUGCAAGCGCAGCACCACAGUCUGGCGGAUCCCCUCGACGCCCCCAAGUACCGCAGCGCGCCGCACGCGCUCUUCACCAUCAUCCGCGAGGAGGGCUUCAGCGUCCUCUACCGCGGUGUCUCCCUGACGGCCCUCCGCCAGGGUACCAACCAGGCGGCCAACUUCACGGCCUACACGGAGCUCAAGGCCGCCCUGCAGAGCUACCAGCCCGAGUACGCCAACACCCAGCUGCCCUCGUACCAGACGACCCUCAUCGGUCUGAUCUCCGGUGCCGUCGGCCCCUUCUCCAACGCCCCCAUCGACACCAUCAAGACCCGUCUGCAGAAGACCCGCGCCGAGCCCGGCCAGUCCGCCGUCUCCCGCAUCGUCGUCAUCGCCCGCGACAUGUUCAAGACCGAGGGUACCCGCGCCUUCUACAAGGGUAUCACCCCGCGUGUGAUGCGUGUCGCUCCCGGUCAGGCCGUCACCUUCACCGUGUACGAGUACCUCAAGGGUAAGCUGGAAGCUUCCAACUGGAAGUUUGUCGGCGGCUCUUUCGAGGAAUAAACGCCAUCCCACUGGGUUAGUGUUCUCGGAGGGGUAAGAAGUUAAGAAGUUGAGAAGUGAGAAGUCGAGAAGUCGAGCAUGUGAUACCGAUCUGAUACCAUGGAGCAUGGUGGCGUUGCCCGUGUCGUGAUGUCCCUUGCAUCAUUUUGUAUAUUCCUCUAUUGUUUCCUUGUCUUUGUGUCUGUCAAGGUGUUAUUCCGCCAUUUAGCGGCUGGUUGUAUAUAUUUAUCUUUUCCUUUUUUUUUUUUUACUUCUUCCCGCCCUAUAUAUUCCAUGGGCGAUGGUCAUUGGCAUUGGAUAGAGACAAAAAAACAGCACUAUAUCG